CUACUUGAUCUCCGAGAAAAUUCAGUCAUUCCGAUCUUGCCAUCCGUUGGUUGUGGGUCGUUUCGAUAUUUUUUUUAAAAAAAAGUUUUAAUACUUUAAUUUCGAACUCGGGGUUUUGAUUGUUACUUCCAAUUGAAAACUUUAAGGAAGCAACUUAGGCGUUUCAAGGUUUUCAAGAAUCGUGUCUCUUAGCCCCCUCUCUUUCGCGUAUUUUUUACAGAAAGUUUUAAAAGAGAAAAACCGCCAAGAUGCCUAAGCCACAAGCUCAAGAUGAGGAUGCCGAUCCAACCCCAUACCUUUUCGUAUCGCUCGAACAAAGACGUAUCGAUCAAUCGAAACCUUAUGACUCGAAAAAGAAUUGCUGGGUUCCCGAUGAGAAAGAGGGCUAUCUUCUUGGUGACAUCAAGGCAACCAAGGGAGACAUCGUCUCCGUUGGCCUACCUGGUGGCGAGACCAAGGAUUUCAAGAAAGAUCAGCUGCAACAAGUCAAUCCACCGAAAUACGAAAAAGCCGAAGAUAUGUCUAACUUGACAUACCUAAACGAUGCUUCGGUUUUGCAUAACUUGAAACAAAGAUACUACAAUAAACUCAUCUACACCUACUCUGGACUUUUCUGCGUCGCUAUCAACCCUUACAAGCGGUUCCCUGUCUACACGAACCGUUGUGCUAAGAUGUACCGUGGUAAGCGUCGUAAUGAAGUCCCACCACAUAUUUUCGCCAUUUCUGACGGUGCCUACGUCGACAUGUUGACCAACCAUGUUAACCAAUCUAUGUUGAUUACUGGUGAAUCUGGUGCCGGUAAGACUGAAAACACGAAGAAAGUAAUUGCGUACUUCGCCACUGUCGGUGCCUCGACCAAGAAGGACGCUACCGCUGAAAAGAAGGGAUCCCUUGAAGAUCAAGUCGUCCAAACUAACCCUGUACUGGAAGCCUUCGGUAACGCCAAGACCGUCCGUAACGAUAACUCUUCUCGUUUCGGUAAAUUCAUCCGUAUUCACUUCGGUCCCAGUGGUAAACUGGCUGGUGCUGAUAUUGAGACCUAUCUAUUGGAAAAGGCUCGUGUCAUCUCCCAGCAACCUUUGGAACGUUCUUACCACAUCUUCUACCAGAUCAUGUCUGGAUCCGUACCUGGUGUCAAGGCUACGUGCUUCCUCAGUGACAAUAUUUACGACUAUACGAACGUAUCACAGGGCAAAAUCACAAUUCCAAAUAUUGAUGACGGUGAAGAAUUCGUUUUAACAGAUCAAGCCUUCGAUAUCUUGGGCUUCUCCGCUGAAGAAAAGCAAAACGUUUACAAAAUUACCGCCGCUGUCAUGCAUAUGGGUGGUAUGAAGUUCAAGCAGAGGGGUCGCGAAGAACAGGCUGAAGCCGAUGGUACCGAAGAAGGUGAACGUGUUGCCAAGUUGUUCAGCACUGAUAAGGAUGAAUUGUACAAGAACUUCUUGAAGCCCCGUAUUAAGGUCGGUAACGAAUUCGUCACCCAAGGUCGUAACAAGGAACAGGUCAUGAACUCUGUUGGUGCCUUGUGUAAGGGUGUGUUCGAUCGUCUCUUCAAAUGGCUCGUCAAGAAAUGUAACGAGACUUUGGAUACCAAGCAAAAACGUCAACACUUCAUUGGUGUACUGGAUAUUGCUGGUUUCGAAAUUUUCGACUACAACGGCUUCGAGCAGUUGUGUAUCAAUUUCACCAACGAGAAACUUCAGCAAUUCUUCAACCAUCAUAUGUUUGUCCUAGAGCAAGAAGAAUACAAGAAGGAGGGUAUUGAUUGGGCAUUCAUCGAUUUCGGAAUGGAUUUAUUAGCGUGUAUUGAAAUGAUUGAGAAGCCUAUGGGUAUCUUGUCCAUCCUUGAAGAAGAAUCUAUGUUCCCGAAAGCCACCGAUCAAACAUUCGCUGAAAAAUUGAUGGUCAAUCACUUGGGCAAAUCGGCUCCAUUCCAAAAACCAAAACCACCAAAGCCAGGUCAACAAGCUGCCCACUUUGCUAUUGGCCAUUAUGCUGGUGUUGUAUCAUACAACAUCACUGGCUGGCUUGAGAAGAACAAGGAUCCCUUGAACGACACUGUUGUCGAUCAAUUCAAGAAAUCCGGCAACAAAUUGUUGAUUGAAAUCUUUGCCGAUCAUCCAGGUCAAUCUGGUGGCGCUGAACAAUCUAAGGGAGGUCGUGGUAAGAAGGGUGGUGGUUUCGCUACUGUAUCUUCUGCCUAUCGUGAACAAUUGAACAACUUGAUGACUACAUUGCGUUCAACUCAACCUCAUUUCGUCCGUUGUAUCAUUCCUAAUGAAUUGAAACAACCUGGUGUCAUUGACUCUCACUUGGUCAUGCAUCAAUUGACCUGUAACGGUGUACUUGAAGGUAUCCGUAUUUGCCGUAAAGGUUUCCCCAACAGGAUGGUCUACCCUGACUUCAAACUCCGUUACAUGAUUUUGGCACCUGCUAUCAUGACUGCUGAAAAGGAUCCAAAGAAAGCUGCAGCCAAAUGUCUGGAAAGCAUUGGUUUAGAUCCUGAAAGCUACCGUAUUGGUCAUACAAAGGUCUUCUUCCGUGCUGGUGUCUUGGGUCAAAUGGAAGAGUUCCGUGAUGAACGUCUAGGUAAAAUUAUGUCCUGGAUGCAAUCAUGGGCCCGUGGUUACCUAUCACGUAAGGAAUUCAAGAAAAUGCAAGAGCAACGUUUGGCCCUCCAAGUCAUCCAACGCAACUUGCGCAAAUACAUGCAAUUGCGUACCUGGCCAUGGUGGAAAUUGUGGCAGAAGGUCAAGCCUAUGCUCAAUGUUACACGUAUUGAAGAUGAAAUUGCUCGUCUGGAAGAGAAGGCCAAGAAAGCUGAAGAUGCCUUCGCCAAGGAAGAGAAACUCCGCAAGGAAUUGGAAGCCCUCAAUGCUAAAUUGUUGGCUGAAAAGACCGCCUUGUUAGAAUCCUUGUCAAGCGAGAAGGGAAGUCUCCAAGAAUUCCAAGAGAAGACUGCCAAAUUGCAAGCCCAAAAGAACGAUCUCGAAAAUCAAUUGCGUGACCUUCAAGAUCGUCUCUCACAAGAGGAAGAUGCCCGCAACCAACUGUUCCAACAGAAAAAGAAGGCCGACCAAGAAAUCUCCGGUCUCAAGAAGGACAUCGAAGAUUUGGAAUUGUCCGUCCAAAAGUCCGAACAAGACAAGGCCACCAAGGAUCACCAAAUCCGCAACUUGAACGAUGAGAUCGCCCACCAAGAUGAACUCAUCAACAAAUUGAACAAAGAAAAGAAGAUGCAAGGAGAGACAAAUCAAAAGACUGGUGAAGAGCUCCAAGCCGCCGAAGACAAGAUCAACCACUUGAACAAAGUCAAGGCUAAAUUGGAACAAACCUUGGAUGAAUUGGAAGAUUCAUUGGAACGUGAGAAGAAAUUGCGUGGUGAUAUUGAAAAGGCCAAGCGUAAGGUUGAGGGUGAUCUCAAGCUUACACAAGAAGCUGUUGCCGAUUUGGAACGCAACAAGAAGGAAUUGGAACAGACCAUCCAACGCAAGGACAAGGAAAUCUCAUCUUUGACCGCCAAAUUGGAAGACGAACAAUCUGUUGUUGGCAAACUCCAAAAACAAAUCAAGGAAUUGCAAUCCCGCAUCGAAGAAUUGGAAGAGGAAGUCGAAGCCGAACGUCAAGCUCGCGCCAAGGCUGAGAAGCAACGUGCUGAUUUGGCCCGUGAAUUGGAAGAAUUGGGUGAACGUCUUGAGGAAGCCGGUGGUGCUACCAGCGCACAAAUUGAACUCAACAAGAAACGUGAAGCUGAAUUGGCCAAACUCCGACGUGAUCUUGAGGAAGCUAACAUUCAACAUGAAAGCACAUUGGCCAAUCUCCGCAAGAAGCACAAUGACGCUGUCGCUGAAAUGGCUGAACAAGUCGAUCAACUCAACAAGUUGAAGGCUAAGGCUGAGAAGGAGAAAGCCCAAUACUUCGGUGAAUUGAAUGACCUCCGAGCUGGUGUUGACCACCUUAGCAACGAAAAGGCCGCCCAAGAGAAGAUUGCCAAACAAUUGCAACACACAUUGAAUGAAGUUCAAGGUAAAUUGGAUGAAACCAACAGGACCUUGAAUGACUUCGAUGCCUCCAAGAAGAAGCUCUCCAUUGAAAACUCCGACCUCUUGCGCCAACUUGAGGAAGCCGAAUCACAAGUAUCUCAAUUGUCCAAGAUCAAGAUCUCCUUGACCACACAAUUGGAAGAUACCAAACGCUUGGCUGAUGAAGAAGCCCGUGAACGUGCCACCCUUUUGGGUAAAUUCCGCAACUUGGAACACGACUUGGACAACCUCCGCGAACAAGUUGAAGAAGAAGGUGAAGGCAAGGCUGAUUUGCAACGUCAACUCAGCAAGGCCAACGCUGAAGCCCAAGUCUGGCGUACUAAGUACGAGUCUGAUGGUGUUGCCCGAUCUGAAGAACUUGAGGAAGCCAAGAGGAAGUUGCAAGCCCGUCUUGCUGAGGCUGAAGAAACCAUUGAAUCCCUCAACCAGAAAUGCGUUGCUCUUGAGAAGACCAAACAACGUCUCUCAGUUGAAGUUGAAGACUUGCAACUCGAAGUCGACCGUGCCAACGCUAUUGCCAAUGCCGCUGAAAAGAAACAGAAGGCAUUCGACAAGAUCAUUGGAGAAUGGAAACUCAAGGUUGAUGACCUUGCUGCCGAGCUCGACGCCUCACAGAAGGAAUGCCGCAACUACUCCACAGAAUUAUUCCGUCUUAAGGGAGCAUACGAAGAAGGACAAGAACAACUUGAAGCUGUUCGCCGUGAAAACAAGAACCUCGCUGAUGAAGUCAAGGAUCUCCUCGACCAAAUUGGUGAAGGUGGCCGCAACAUUCAUGAAAUCGAAAAGGCCCGCAAACGAUUGGAAGCUGAAAAGGAUGAACUUCAAGCCGCCCUCGAGGAAGCUGAAGCUGCAUUGGAACAAGAAGAAAACAAGGUAUUGCGUGCUCAACUCGAAUUGUCUCAAGUACGUCAAGAAAUCGACCGUCGCAUCCAAGAGAAGGAAGAAGAAUUCGAAAAUACCCGCAAGAACCACCAACGUGCCCUCGACUCCAUGCAAGCUUCCUUGGAAGCCGAAGCCAAGGGUAAGGCUGAGGCGCUCCGCAUGAAGAAGAAGUUGGAAGCCGACAUCAACGAACUCGAAAUCGCUUUGGAUCAUGCCAACAAGGCUAAUGCUGAGGCCCAAAAGAACAUCAAACGCUACCAACAACAACUCAAGGACAUCCAAACCGCCCUCGAGGAAGAACAACGUGCUCGUGAUGAAGCCCGCGAACAACUCGGAAUCUCAGAACGCCGUGCCAACGCUCUCCAAAACGAGCUCGAAGAGUCCCGAACCCUCCUCGAACAAGCCGACCGUGGCCGAAGACAAGCCGAACAAGAAUUGGCCGAUGCUCACGAACAGCUCAACGAAAUCUCUGCCCAAAAUGCUUCAAUCUCUGCUGCCAAGAGGAAAUUGGAGUCUGAAUUGCAAACUCUCCACUCUGACUUGGAUGAAUUGUUGAAUGAAGCCAAGAACUCAGAAGAGAAGGCCAAGAAGGCAAUGGUUGAUGCUGCCCGUCUUGCUGAUGAGCUCCGCGCUGAACAAGACCACGCUCAAACACAAGAGAAAUUGAGGAAGGCCCUUGAACAACAAAUCAAGGAAUUGCAAGUCCGUUUGGAUGAAGCUGAAGCCAAUGCAUUGAAGGGAGGCAAGAAGGCCAUCCAGAAAUUGGAACAACGCGUCCGCGAAUUGGAGAAUGAAUUGGACGGUGAACAACGAAGACACGCCGAUGCCCAGAAGAACCUCCGCAAAUCAGAACGUCGCAUUAAGGAAUUGACCUUCCAAUCUGAAGAAGAUCGCAAGAACCACGAACGUAUGCAAGACUUGGUUGACAAAUUGCAACAGAAGAUCAAGACAUACAAGAGGCAGAUCGAAGAGGCUGAAGAAAUUGCUGCCCUCAACUUGGCUAAAUUCCGCAAAGCACAACAAGAACUCGAAGAAGCCGAAGAACGAGCUGAUAUGGCUGAACAAGCUAUUAGCAAAUUCCGCGCUAAGGGACGUGGCGGAUCAAUCCCACGUGGUACCAGCCCUGGACCAUCAGCGUCUAAAAUCCACAAGAGUCUGCUGGAACAGUAAUUUUAGCUUUCGUUACAUUUCCCCGAUCAUCAGUGCGGCCACAAUUGGACGGAAUGGCUUUCCCACCUAGAUUCGACCUUGCUCCAGAGGAAUUCUAAAAUGCCAUUUACUUUUAUUUAUUAAAUAAUGUAUAAACUUAAUUAUUAUAAUUUAAAUUAAAUAUCGAAACGGACGGGAUUCUGUAGAACAGAUAGAAACAAGAAGAGAGAGAAUAAACCGUGGUGGAAACAAGACACAAACCGACGACAUAAGCCAAAAAUUGACCUGGAGAACGACAAGCAGACUAACGUAGAAAACACCGAAAGCAAUCCCGUCUUUUAACACCAAGAACGCCUAAACCAAAGAAUUAUAUCUUGCCGCCAUCGAAAAUAUCAAGAACGCACAUUUAUUCUUUUUUCAUCAAUUUUUUAAAAAAGAGAAAAGAAACUACCGGAGCUUAUGUUAUUUUAAAUAUUUUUUAUUUAAAACAAAAGAAAAACAACAAAAACUAUGUUUCGUCGAUCAUUUUAAUUUUAAAAUAUAAAAACUACACAACAAAGAAAUCAAAUAAAAGAUAAAAAAAAUAAACAAAUUCUUUUUGAAAAAUUUCACUUUCCCCGCCCAGUUUUCUUUGUUUUCGACCGAACAUAAGAAAUUCCAAAAUUCGGAUGGUGGAGACAGAAGCACACACAGCACACAUCCUUAUGCGUUUCGAAAAAGAAAAUCCGUUCGACACUCAAGACCUGAAGAACAUACCACCACAGACAAAGAGAAAGAGACACGAUUAUUUGAAAAAAGCCUAAAAAAUCUAAAAAAAGCCCAACAAAACCAUAAACGUUUGCUUGUUGAAUUUUGUUGUACACGUCCGAAUUCUGCAUUGUUAACUUAACCUACUUCGUUUGUGUUUUUCUGUUGAUAGUUGUUAUGUACACGUGAAUGUUAAGUUGUUUCCAUUUUUACUACUAUAGGUCAAACCAACAACAAUGCUCUACUUGUAAAUAAUAAUAUUCUAUUAAUGUACUUUCAAUGUUAUCGAGACAACGAAAAGAUCUUACUACAAAAAUAAAGGAAAACUUAAAGAACUUA